AUGGAGAAAGAGAGCAGCAAAGCGGCAUUGUCGAUGGGAUUUGCAGGGAAGCCUUCGAGAUGCCAACGGGAAGGUCUCGCCCAUAAGCGCCCAGGCAUGUUGGGGGGCGCACAGGUACCAGGAGCAGCGGGAAUGUGCACUGGCCGUAUUUCCGAGUUAGCGCUGCAUACGCGAAAACGCACGGAUUGGUGCCAGAAAGAUGGUAGGUACGUUCGGGAGCUGACGAAGAGUUCAGGGCAGGGAGUUCCGCCGCCUGUGCUCCAGAGCCAAAAAAAGAGUCAGCUGCGUUACUGCGGGAUGCAGCCAGAGGACCAGCGUCAGCAUUUUCAAACCAGGUGGAAACCUAUUGACGGAAAGAUGGCCUUCUGCACAGGAAGGCGGGGAGGCAGCGCCACCGUGGAGUGUGACUAUGAGCACAUUGAUAGAGAAAACACAUACCAUACCUGGAAGCGGAUGGGUAACACCCACUUGCAUACAGGAUCACACCUCCAGUUUGAUCGUUUUCUGACUGUUGAGGAGUCGGCUAAGAGGAGCGAUCGUCUGCCAGAUGUCAAAAAUAGAAAUCCUCCGGCUGCCAAUCCAGAUGGCCCCUUUGAAAAACCACGGAGCGAUGGAGGAAACUUGGACAGGACCUUUGUUCCGAGGGAAGACGCAGUACGCAGCGACGACUUCUCGCACGCUGCCAAACGGAACCUCGCACUGAAGAGCAGCCACCUACAGCUCUCUACACUACACGUAAGACCUUUUUACCUUUUCAAAUUCGGGCUGUGGGGGGACCCCAGGCCGCAUAGAGAAGCGUUCACUCCCUAA